CUCAUUCCAAUCUCCACCCCCCCGGCCCUAUCAACCGAUGAUCCGUCACGAUCAUCCUUGCGAUCGUGGUGGAUCCUGCACUACUGGGUCCCCCCCCCCUCUUCCCCUGCUCCCCUGCUCAUCCAGGCGCGGAGCUUGUGUACGACAUCCGGCUUUCUAAUCGUGACUGAGUCAGUGCCCACUGCCAACCAGAAACACGACUAUAUCAAGACCCUCAAUCCCCUCCUGUCGGUUGAAUCAUGACGGCAUUCCUCCUCCCCGCCUGCUUCUCUUAUCGUCUUAUCGCCCUAUCCUCAACCCGACUCCCCAUUCACCCUUGCCUUGUCUCUGGAGUGUUCUAAACCCUGAACCCUCCUGAAAAUAAAAUUAUAUAGAGAAUUUGUCGAUUUCUUUCUUUGUGCAACAUGCCUCGUUUAGACGUGGAAAAGACCUUGGAGGAGCUCACGCUCGGUGAGAAGGUAGCCCUCACAGCAGGUAUUGACUUCUGGCAUACUGCCGCUGUGCCACGUUUGAACAUCCCCUCCCUCCGCAUGUCCGAUGGCCCCAAUGGUGUGCGAGGGACGCGCUUCUUCAACGGCGUUCCUGCCGCAUGCUUCCCGUGCGCAACAGCCCUCGGUGCGACCUGGGAUACGGAGCUUCUGCACCAGGUUGGACGACUUAUGGGUGAGGAGUCCAUCGCCAAGGGAUCGCACAUCAUCCUCGGGCCGACCAUCAACAUCCAGCGGUCGCCGCUGGGCGGUCGGGGCUUCGAGUCCUACGCCGAGGACGGAGUUUUGUCGGGCACGCUGGCGGGUCACUACUGUCGCGGUGUACAGGAGAAGGGCGUCGCGGCGACCCUGAAGCACUUUGUCUGCAAUGACCAGGAGCACGAGCGGUUGGCUGUCGACACGAUCAUUACGGACCGGGCGUUGAGGGAGAUCUAUCUCCUGCCGUUCCAGCUGGCGAUGCGCAUCUGUCCGACGGCGUGUGUCAUGACGGCGUACAACAAGGUCAAUGGGACGCAUGUGAGUGAAAACAAGGAGAUCAUUACGGAGAUUCUCCGCAAGGAAUGGGGGUGGGAUGGCUUGGUGAUGAGUGAUUGGUUCGGUACAUACAGUACCUCCGACGCUAUCAAUGCGGGCUUGGAUCUGGAGAUGCCGGGCAAGACACGCUGGCGUGGCACUGCCCUGGCACAUGCCGUGUCCUCGAACAAGGUCGCCGAGUUUGUCAUGGAUGAACGAGUCCGCAAUGUCCUCAACCUGGUCAACUGGGUUGAGCCGCUUGGGAUCCCCGAGCAGGCGGAGGAGAAGGCUUUGAACCGUCCUGAGGACCAGGCGCUGCUCCGUCGAGCUGCGUCGGAGUCGGUGGUGCUCAUGAAGAAUGAGGACGAUAUUUUGCCCUUGAAGAAGGACAAGUCGAUUCUGGUCAUCGGACCGAAUGCCAAGUUUGCUGCCUACUGCGGAGGUGGCUCCGCGUCGUUGGAUCCGUACUACACCGUGUCCCCGUUCGAGGGUGUCUCGGCCAAGAGCCAGGGCUCAGUUCAGUUCUCCCAGGGUGUCUACUCGCAUAAGGAACUCCCUCUGCUCGGUCCCCUACUCAAGACGGAGGACGGCCAGACCGGCUUCAAGUUCCGGGUGUACAACGAGCCCGCAUCCGAGCCUAACCGGACCCUGGUUGAUGAGCUGCAUCUGGUCCGGUCCAGCGGCUUCUUGAUGGACUACGUCAACCCGAAGAUCAAGUCCUUCACUUUCUACGUCGACAUGGAAGGCUACUUCACCCCGGAAGAGGACGGCAUCUACGACUUCGGCGUGACUGUCGUCGGCACCGGCAAGCUCUACAUCGACGACGAGGUCGUUGUCGACAACACCAAGAACCAGCGCCAGGGCACCGCCUUCUUCGGCAACGCCACCGUCGAAGAACGCGGCUCCAAGGCUCUCAAAGCCGGACAGACCUACCGCAUCCUCCUCGAGUUCGGCAGCGCCCCGACCUCCGACCUGGACAUGCGCGGUGUCGUGAUCUUCGGCCCAGGCGGCUUCCGCUUUGGCGCAUGCCGCCAGGUCACGCAGGAGGACCUGAUGUCGGACGCGGUGAGCCUCGCCUCCAGCGCGGAGCAGGUCGUCAUCUUCGCCGGCCUGACUAGCGAGUGGGAGACCGAGGGCCACGACCGCGACCACAUGGACCUACCGCCCGGCAGCGACGAGAUGAUCUCGCGCGUGCUGGACGCCAACCCCAACGCCGUGGUCGUCAUCCAGAGCGGCACCCCCGUCACCAUGCCGUGGGUGCACAAGACUAAGGGCCUCCUGCACGCCUGGUUCGGCGGCAACGAGUGCGGCAACGGCAUCGCCGACGUGCUAUACGGCGACGUCAACCCGGCCGCCAAGCUGCCCGUCAGCUUCCCCGUCCGCCUGCAGGACAACCCCAGCUACCUCAACUUCCGCUCCGAGCGCGGCCGCGUCCUGUACGGCGAGGACGUCUACGUCGGCUACCGCUACUAUGAGAAGGUCGAUCUCGCCCCCUUGUUCCCCUUCGGCCACGGCCUGUCGUACACGACCUUUUCCCGCUCCAACCUCCGUCUCACUUCCGCCCCCGAGCAGCCCCGCCUCGGCCUUGACGGUGAGCCCAUCACUGCCACCGUCUCCGUCACCAACACCGGCGCGCGGCCCGGCGCCGAGAUCUUGCAGCUGUGGGUCAGCCCGCCCGCGACUGGGGUCAACCGGCCCAAGCGCGAGCUCAAGGGCUUCGCCAAGGUGCACUUGCAGCCCGGCGAGACGAAGGAGGUUGAGAUCGUCGUCGAGAAGAAACUGGCCACGAGCUGGUGGGACGAGCAGCGCGCCAAGUGGGCGUCGGAGAAGGGCGUCUACGAGGUGCAGGUCACCGGCACGGGCGACGGCGUCCUGAAGGCCGAGUUCACCGUCGAGAAGACCCGCUUCUGGCUCGGGCUGUAGAUCCCUCAUUCCUGGUGUUCAUGGCUGUCCUGGUGCUUGUUGUGUGUGUCUUGAAAACAAGCAAGGCUAUACUGUACGGCUUGAUGCAUGAGUGAGAUUGAGAUUCUAUACUGGCUAUAGUUCAAGUAGAUUGGUAUUUUGUCCUUGACUGGUGGUUUUGGAUACGUGUUACGAAUUGAUAUGGAUAGUCAUAACGAUGC